AUGAAGAAGAGAUCUGAUUUAGGAUUUACCCUCGUAGCAAGGUUGUUUUAUCAUGUGGAGGUUUCAUUCGGGUCUCUAUUUAAAAAUAACACAGUGUCUUUGGCAGGAGAACGACCAGACUCAGAGGAACCAGAGCCAGGGACGUCCAAACCAGCAAGACGACACCAGUGCUCCCACUGUAGAAAGGGUUGUAACUGUUUAUGGGACCUGAAACAACAUGAGAAAAUACACACAAGGGAGAAGCCUUACCACUGCUCCCAGAGUGGAAAGCGUUUUAACCAGAAAGCACAGCUGAAAGCCCAUGAGAGAAUACACACAGGGGAGAAGCCUUACCACUGCUCCCAGUGUGGAAAGUGUUUCAAACAGCCAGGGCAUCUGAAACGGCAUGAGAGAAUACACACAGGGGAGAAGCCUUACCACUGCUCCCUGUGUGGAAAGUGUUUCAACCAGUCAGGGGAGCUGAAACAACAUGAGAGAAUACACACAGGGGAGAAGCCUUACCACUGCUCCCAGUGUGGAAAUUGUUUCAAACAGCCAGGGCAUCUGAAACGGCAUGAGAGAAUACACACAGGGGAGAAGCCUUACCACUGCUCCCAGUGUGGAAAGUGUUUUAGCCAGUCAUGUGAGCUGAAACGGCACGAGAGAAUACACACAGGGGAGAAGCCUUACCACUGCUCCCAGUGUGGAAAGAGUUUUAAGGUUUUAGGAAAUCUUAAAGCUCAUGAGAGAAUACACACAGGGGAGAAGCCUUACCACUGCUCCCAGUGUGGACAGUGUUUCAAGCAGUCAGGGGAGCUGAAACAACAUGAGAGAAUACACACAGGGGAGAAGCCUUACCACUCCUCCCAGGGUGCAAAGCUUUUGCCCAUUUAGGAAGCCUGAAAGAACACAUUAGACUGCACACAGAGCGGAGAAUGCUUACAAAAGCCCAGACUUUGGGAAUAUAUAUUACUCAUAGCAGUCAUUUAAACGUCAUUAGAGAAUCCACACAGGAGAAAUUACUUCUCUUAGUGUGUAUACUGAUAUUUCACAUCACAUUGACUUAAAAUUCAUCAGAGAACAUACACAGUGCUCCUGUUGACUGAUAAUGUGUUUACCUGUUUUCACUAUAUGAAAUUGUUUCUUCCAAUUAUUGAUAAACCUGUACCUGUUAAGAAACUGAUUGUUAGAACUGUUAAGGCUCCAUGGAUUGAUGAGGAAUUUAA